AACCCACUCCAACCAUGCAACCCGGCCCAACUCAUUUUCAGACAUCCUUCAACCCACCCUUGCACCGAAUCCAACAAAAACCCUAACCCCUAGAAGCCUUAGAACUGAGAGAACUACAAGCUUGGAGCUUCAACGAAAGAUUCAAAACUGAGAAUUCUUGAUUGCAAUCUCUGGAGCUGUCAAUAACCCCCAAAAGUAUUAAUCUGUCAAAACAGUUCAAUCAAGCAUCAGACCAGUGAGUUACUUUUAUAUCCUGCGUUUCAAUUUAUCAUUGAAUCUUACAGAGUAAAUUAACAAGAAAUGGCGACUCAGCAACAAGGAGAAGAAGAUAAGCAAACACAGGGUCCCUCAACUACUGGCUGGAGAGAGUUGAUUGGACUACCGUAUCAAAAGAUCAAAGAAAACGUAGAAGCUAACCGAUAUGUGUGGACUGCUUAUGUUGUUGUAUAUGGUGGAUUUGGUCUUUGGCUUACCUACAGAUGGAGAAAGCUUCGUAGGACUGAGGACAGGGUACGUGCCCUUCAAGAACGACUGCGCAAGCUUGCUGAAGCUAGAGAGCAGGCAGCCUCUGCCACAUCAGUUGAAAAGGCAGCUCCAGUUGAAAAGGCUUCAUUGUUGGCUAAUAAAUCUCCCCAAUAGUAAACAUCAAUUGCCAAGUUUAAUCUUCUUUUUCCCUGAAAAACUGCUUAGACUACAGCUACAGAAUUUUCAGGCUUCCUUGUAGACGAGAAUUGAAGAAAUCCCAAAUGUUUGAUGGCCUUGGUGGAAUAAAUUUUAUUCGAUUACAAUUUCUUCCUGAAGUUUUGUUUGGCUUCAUGGCUUUAUUGUAUUGAAAAUCUGGCAUAUUCUUUUCGUGCCCAGGUAGUCAUUUUGCAAUACCAUUAAAAAGAAAAUGUAGAUCAGUUGGAAAGGUUGGAAGGUACACAAUGAAGUUUGGUUCA